AACAGCAAAAGCAUUCACUGUCUUGAAAAAACUGCGUUUAGAAACGGUUUAGGAACAUUUGUUUACCCAAACCACAAAACAGCCCUUGUUAUACCAACCAAACUAUAGAAAGCUCAACAUCUCAAAGCGUUGAGUUUAUGCAACUAAGCAGUGCUUAACACUAACACUGUGAUAUUGCAAAGGCAAUCUGAUUAGAAAUCUCGAGUUCUUGUGUAUGGGUUUUGAAAGGGACGUAGAAAUGUUCCCAUCACAUGACAGAAAUGGAGCAGUUAUUGUUCGUGAAAGUGCCGUACGCCACUGAUGAUUAUUUGUUUUAGAUGUUUUUCUUUGUGGUUUCGGUCAUUGAUCUUUGUAUUCCCCUGAGCGAGAUUCGCUGUACCUCCUCAGGAAGCGCGCAGAAACACCUUCAGUCUCCACACGCAGAUCUGAGCGCGCGCGCAUCACUAGCGUUUCUUUAGCGGGAAGCGCGCGGACCUGAAGGGACCUGCUGCAACAGUCGCUAAUAAAACUGAUUGUUUUGUCUUCUUGUCACACUGGCGAAUAACUGAGUCUUUAUUGUUUAUUUCCCAGUGUUUAUGACAAAUGUAAGUGGAGUAAGUUCGCGGCACCUCUGGAUAUAUACUGUUGCUUUGACGGAAUAACCAGGAAAAAUGUGAAAGUGUUUCAGAUGCCAUGGUGGAUGACAUCCGACAAUGAACACAGAGUUUUAGAAGCAACUUCAAACUUCUCAACCAAAGACAAAGUCAUUUGACUAUAGCUGUGUGCUCCACCCCGAUGUCAAGACUUUAUUUUUCUACUCGAGGUCCUAAGCCUCCCGUGGCACCUAAACCAAGGCUAGCUUCUGAGGUGAGCCAAAGCAUUGUGAGUAAUGGGGACAUGACGUCCUCUGAUAGACUUGAACUGAAGCAGGACAAUGAAUCAGAGGUCACACAGGAUGAAGCAGAUGCAUCCAGAGAAAACUGUACAGAUGAUCAUGAGGACUUAUCAGACACAGACAAAAAGUUAAUGUUCACCAAUCAUGACAUUAUUUGUUAUAAUGAAACAGAAGAAGAAUUACAGAUGGUAGUGGAUGAAACAAUGGGAGAGGAGGAAGAUAAAGAUGAUGCCACUGCCUCUUUUAAUUUGAUUGAUGUGGGUGAUGUGAGUUCGGAUUCAGCAGAUGAGGACCUCAUCAAAAACACUGAUGUUAUCAGCCCAUUAGAGAAUACAGAAAAUGCUUAUGAUGUACUUGAGGACACAGCUACAUGUUCUAAGAGUGAGACACAUACUAAAGAUCAGCCUGCAGGUAAAUUGGUAGAGUGUAAAGACCCUCAAAGCCCAUAUGCAGAGAUUGAGGAACCACUAUCAGACAAUUGUGAGGAUCCUACAGUAUGCUCCACUGAUGACACAGAACAGCCUUAUUACAGUGAGAGAAAGUCCAUAACCUCUGAGCAUUCUAUUGAUUGUGACAGUGAUCGGUAUGUAGAGGACACUAGUGGAAAGUGUGUACAUUAUAAGACAGAAGAGGAUCUGGCCUACAGUGAAACUGGACUUUCUUCACAGGCUACAAAUGGUAGUCAACCCUCACUAUGUGAGGAAUAUCCUUACGAUGUAAUUGGCACACUGGAUGACAACAAUACUUGGCAGGCUGAACGUGCUACUAAAGACCCAUCUGGACGAUUCAGGUUUGCAGAGGAGACAGUAGAUGCAUAUGAGCCCUACUCUGUCAUAGAGGUUGUGCCAGGUGAUUUGAUGUGCACCUCUGACCCAGAAGCAAGAUGCACUGAUGAGGUGUCCAGCAUAGAGAAACCAAUGGACUCUGAAAACACAACAGAGGUGACGUCAAACCAAGAGCCUUUCUAUGUAUCAUCAGAUGAUGUGGCAAAGUUAGAGAAGGAACAAGCAAAUUUAGAAAACGGUAUCUCUCAGUCAAAAAAGCCUUCUAAACUUAAGGGUAAAGAGAUGGCAAAAAGCGAAGCAGUGGCUGAUUAUGCUGAUAUUGAAGACCAAGAUGCUGAUGACCAGCAAGUGGAGUGUGUGUCCUCAGAAGAUUACGUGGAAAUAGGAGAUGAAGAUGAGCCAAUAAACAUGGACAGGAAAACUAAGGGGAAAAGUGUGAGAGAACGAUCAGCUGGACGGGAACAAGCCUUCUCGAGUCAGAGAAACAGCUGCCAGCCACGUCUCAGACUUUGCAACAUCACAGUUCCAGCUGACCUGGAUUUAGGCAGAACUCCUGAACUUACCAACCGUGUGGUUUUUGCCCACACCACUGAAGCAUUUGAAGAGGACAUAGAAGAGCUAGACUGCCAUAUUGUGCCUUUCUUUGAGGACACAGACACAGAAAGUGAUGAACACAUUUAUGAGGAGGCUGGCUUUGACUCAGAGGGGGAGAACUUUAUCUCUCUGGACAAGAAGAGCAUUGUGACAAGAUCUCGUUCGCUCUCUGGGAAAGUACCUGGAUAUGUUCCUGAGACUGUGCCUGAGGAGACGGGCACUGAAUGCCAGACUCACGAUUACUACACUGUGGCCUUGGACCAGAAUGGCAAUCCACAGCCCAAGCCUUCAGAUGAAACUGAGGCUAAUCAAAUUAUUCCCUCACUGAAGCAAAGACGUUUUCUUCCGUCUCCUUGGUCGCUUUCAGUUGAGGGUGGAGAUACACCGUUUUUAGGACACUUUGAGGGUGAUAAAUCUCCUAGAGAGGAAAGUAGAUUGCAUAGAAAAGAUGACACACUUUCGUUGCCUUGUGUAAUCACUUCUUCUGGAAGCUUUUCUCAAAGAAGCCACCAGUCCUCCAGUGGUGUAUCGACACCUACAUCACUAGUCGAUAUACCACCACCCUUUGAGUUAGCUUACAUAACUAAGAGGCCUGUCACCAAAAGUUCUCCAUCCCUUCUAAUCCAACACGAAUCUCCUGAUAACCUGAAAAAGAAGAAGACCUCAUUCAAACGGUUCUUGGCUCUGAAAUUUAGGAAAAAAGCAGAAAACAAAGCCCGUGGAGAUGGCAGUGUUCGCUCCUCCAGGUCAUCGUCUGAGUCUAGUCACCAUGGGCCCAUUCGGGUGCUGGAGCUUGAUCAUCGGAGUACAAGUAGCUCCCCCCAGAUUCAGUCCCGUGUGACCAUGCCACAACGCAACUCAGAGUUACCUACCACCUUUGUGCUUUACAAAGAGAGGCAAAGUAGGCAAUGUGCAGCCAAGAGUUACAUCAACAGGGGUAUAGCCAGAGUGGAGUCCUUUGAGGACCGCUCUCGGCCCCCCUUUAUGCCUCUACCCAUCACUAAGCCUCGUUCCAUCUCUUUCCCAAGUGCAGAUACAUCUGACUAUGAAAACAUUCCUGCAAUGAGCUCAGACUAUGAGAAUAUCCAGAUUCCUCAUGGGAGGCCCACUCGGGCAGUCACUAUUACUGAAUUUUUUGAUGAUCAGAAUCGAACAACAACCCCUGCCAAUGAGAACGAUGGCUAUGUGGACAUGAAUAGCUUUGCAGGAAUAGAAAACAAGACCACCACUCAAGGACAAGACACUGAAAGUGCCUACACUGAGCCAUUCCCUGUUUGUUCUGCGCCUGUCUCUGUUUCCAAUGAGGAAGACCAUGGACGCACCUCUGAGGAAGAGGAGGGCUGGGGAGACCACUGCCAUGACAGACAGAUUGAUGGGCGAUCCAGAGCCUACUAUGUUGUCAAAGACCUGGUGGAUUCAGAAAGAGAACACGUGAAGGCCCUGAAGAUUCUUCAGGAGGACUUUAGGGCAGCAGUGGCAGCAACAGUAGGAGAGGAUGAAGAGCCUGUGAUAGAAAAGGGGAAACUGAACGAGAUCCUUAGUACUCUUCCUCAGGCCUACCAUCUGCACACUGAAUUUCUCAAUGAGCUUGAGACCCGCAUUAAACAGUGGGAGGACAGCCCGACAGUAGCUGAUGUCAUAUUAACACGGCGGGCAGAGUUUUCAGCCUUCGCAACUUACAUCUCAGACUAUGACCGCAGCAUGUCACUGCUGAAGGAGAGCUGUAGACAGAGUAAAGCUUUCGAGGAUGUGGUUAAACAGUUUGAGAUGCAGAAUGCAGAAGGAGUUCAUGUUCCUUUGAAACACCAGCUGCUGCGGGUCAUUGUGCGUGUCCUCCAGUACCGCAUGCUUCUCACAGAUUACUUAAACAACCUCUCCCCUGAUUCAAAAGAGUAUGAAGACACAAAAGCUGCGCUGGUAAUCGUGUCAGAGGUUGCAGACCAGGUUAAUGACAAUCUAAAACACGGGGAGAACUUGCUUCGUUUGGUCCACAUUGACUACAGCGUGAAAGGCAAAAGAGACCUUCUUCAACCAGGAAGGGUUUUUGUCAAGGAGGGCACUCUGAUGAAGGUCUCUCGUAAAAGUCGGCAGCCCAGACACCUCUUUCUGAUGAAUGAUGUAAUGCUGUACACCUACCCACAGCAAGAUGGCAAAUACCGAUUGAAGAACACACUCACUCUAAGUGGGAUGAAGGUCAGUAAACCUGUCUUAGACAAUGUGCUCAACACACUCAGGAUAGAAGUCAGUGAUGUUACCAUAACCCUCUCUGCGAGUUCUUUAGGAGAGAGAGAGGACUGGUUCCACACGCUGAGCCGGGCUAUAGCAGAUCAUGCCGCAGGCCUCAACACCUUCAGCUGUUCUAGUGAGGCGAGAGAAAAAUUGUGGAUGUCUCUGGGAGAGGCUGCACCUGUGCUGGUUCCUAUAUCACAUGUGAUGAUGUGCAUGAAUUGCACUUCUGACUUCAGCCUAACACUGCGACGGCAUUACUGCAAUGCAUGUGGAAAGGUGGUGUGUCGUUCCUGCUCACGAAACAGGUAUCCACUGAAGUAUCUGAAGGACAGGAUGGCUAAAGUGUGCGACCACUGCUAUGCCGAGCUCAAAAAGAGAGGUGGUAAUAUUCCUGGAACAUGUGGGAGCACUAGUCCCCGCACACACAGAGCCAGCAGGCCUCUCUCUGCAGUGUUCCAAAGUCUACAGCCCCCUAGCCUAUGGAGGAACAAAAAGAGCACCUCACCUCUCACACAGGUGUCUGUUGGUGCAGAGGGGUCCACUAUGAGCGGCAGUCUGCAGAGGCGCAAAAAGAGCAAAAGGAAGUGGAAGAGGCUGUGGUUCCUGCUCAAAGACAAGGUGCUCUACACCUUUAAAGCACGAGAGGAUAAGGUGGCAUCUGAAAGUCUUACUCUGCAGGGUUUUACUGUGAAGCUGCCCGAUCGUUCAGAGGGCGAAGACACAGACAGUGUUUUCCAACUUUACCAUAAAAAAACACUCUAUUACACCUUCAGAGCAGACGACCAGCAUACUGCUCGCAGGUGGGUAAAUGCAAUGGAAGAGGCUACAGUGUUAUAGCAUCCACCUAUUCGCCCUGAUGACGUGACCCCAGGCUAGGUUCUCAUCUCUCUUGCACAAUUCCAGACAGCUAAAGCCAUUAGGGGCUUUAAGCUAUGACAUCACAGUUGCCUGAGAAACCAGCUGAACCACACCACGGAUACCUUUGUUUUUAUCUAUUGCUGAAUUUAAGGAAUAAGUCCUUAAAACGUGCAUAGAGUAACACCAGGCAUGUCAGGCUUGGUGUUUUUCCACUUGCGAGCUGUCCCAAGAGAAGUCCAUGUAUGCCUCACCUACUUGACUUUACAGACUCAUUUAAAAAGUGCCAAAUGUAAACAGUGCAGUUCAGUGAAGUCGCAAUCUGCUCGGGGCUUGUGAAUGACUGUUCUAGGAUUACUCAUCUGUGUGGACAAAUAAAAGAGACAAAUAAAUGUUCUUUUUUUACUGUAACUAACCACAUUUCAAUAUGCAGAUAAGUGCAGUCAUUUUAUACACUGAUGCAUUCAAUUAAUGUAAAAUUAAAAUUAACUUAAGUGCAAGGCAUUUGUUAUAGUUUGAAUGAAUAUGAUAAGCAAACACAGGUUUGUUAUAGUCAGUGUAUUGUUGAUUUAAUUUAACAGUAAAAUAUUAAGCAUGGCAUAUCCUACCACCUCAGAUAUCAAGAAUCCAUGUUUUAUAUGCAAUGACACAGUGUGAUAUAUAUUUACAUGUUCAAUAUGGAUUUGAUACUGAGGCAAGCUGUACAUUUUACUCAAAAUAGUCAAACAAUUCUCAGUGUAAUAUAUUUAAUUUGCGGCUAUUUUUAAGACUUCCUGUUAUCUGUUAUGAUUUUGCAUCCCCAAGUUAUUUUCCAGCUGACAUUGUACCACUACACCCUUUCAAAAAUACCAUGGCAACAAAACUGUGGCAACUUAGUAGCUAUUAGCCAUCACUGUCAAAAAAUAAACAACUAAAUGAAAUGGCAAUGAUUGGAAAAGCUACUUACACAUUUUGAAGGCUAUCCAAUGCAUUUAAUGGGAUUUUACAAUAACUAUAGUAUUGCUGAAUUCAGGCUAUGGUUACCAUGGUAAUAUUUGUGAGGGUAGUUGGAUUUCUGUGCCUACAGAUGUACCAGUAUCACUUCAUCAUCUCGGAGCGUGCAUUUGAAGGCCAUGUUUGGUAAAACCUUGAUGCAAAUCAAUAUGCAAAUGUUUUGAACAUCUGUGUUGGUUCAGCGUUUCAUUAAAAAUAAGAAAGUGCCAUAAGCUUUAUCUACAGAGCAGUUUUAUCUCAGUCAUAACUUGGAGGCUGCUGUCAAAGCCUCGUCAUACCCAACAUUUCAAACCUCACUAUUUUCAACAUUUUAUUCAUCAUUAAUACAUUAUUCUCUAACUGGAUACAUGAAGAUAAUAAACAACGUAUUUUGAACCUCAGCCAGUCAUGCAAAACAUCAUGUUACUUUUCGACCAAACUGAUAGACUUCCAGUUAUUUAAAUUAUGAAAAAAAUGCUGUGCAUCUGAAAACAAGCUCAGAUAGAAGGGAUCUUAAACUAUCGGUAUCUACAAGAAUGCCUGUAAAAUUGAACAAAACUGAGGAUCGGUCAUGUUGUUGUGUUCUGUACUGCAUGUGAUUAUCUUGAGAGAUUAUAACUGCAUUGUGGAAUGUAUUGUGUUAUAUAUAUUAAUCACAAUGGAAAGAACGAUGAGAUGCAGUAUAUACAGUAUGACAAGCGAUAAUGUUUGUCAAUGGUUUGUAGGGUUUGUGUUCAACUGAGCCUUAUUGUGUUCAUUUUCCUUAAGUAGAUUGUCUUUAAACGGCUAUUACCAGAGAUUCUUCUUUAUAUCGUGUUUCUUUAAUUUGUCUUUGAAUAUUACAUGGUUUUCUGUAAAUCUCAUGUUUCAUAUCAAGUGCCAGUAUUCGUAUUCACUCAUUUGUAUCUGAUAUUCAAAAGCACAGCCCCUUGGCUUAGAGAGGAUAUGUUUUAUCUGUGGGAUUUCAUCCCUUUUACUUGCAUUAUGAAAAUGAAAUAAAAGCCCUGCCUACAGAAGAAGAAGAAAAAUGUAAUGUAAAUGUACAUAAUUAAAGGGAGGAAAAUGCAUCUUAUCUUUUUCCAUUUUUGUAAACGGAAGCAGUCAGUGACACACACACACCAAAGUGGCAUUCAACUGAUCACAAAGUAUAGUAAGGACAUUACUGAUGUAAAAAAGAGCACCAUCACUAUUUGAAAAAAGUUUUUUUGGAUCAAAUCUAGACAGGCCACAUUUCCAGAAGCCAUCACUCCAACAUCCUUGCGUAAUCAUGCUAAAUUGCUAAUUUGGUACUAGAAAAUCAUCAGUCAAUCAUUGUUUUGAGGACUGAAGGCUAUACAAUGCUUGAAAUUGCCAUAAAACUGAAGAUUUCAUACAAAGGUGUACAAUACAGUCUUCAAAGACAAAGGACAACUGUCUCUAACAAGGACAGAAAGAGUUGUGGAAGGCCAGAUGCACAACUAAACAAGAGGAUAAGUACAUCAGAGUCUCUAGUUUGAGAAAUAGAUGCCUCACAUGUCCUCAACUGACAGCUUCAUUGAAUUCUACCUGCUCAACACCAGUUUCAUGUACAACAGUACAAAGAAGACUCAGGGGUGCAGGCCUUAUGGGAAGAAUUGCAAAGAAAAAGCCACUUUUGAAACACAAAAAGAAAAGGUUAGAGUGGGCAAAGAAACACAGACAUUGGACAACAGAUAAUUGGAAAAGUGUGUUAUGGAUCUUAACCCCACUGAGCUUUUGUGGGAUCAGCUAGAAUGUAAGGUGCGUGAGAAGUGCCGACAAGUCAGCCACAUCUAUGGCAAAUGCUACAGGAGGUGUGGGGUGAAAUGUCACCUGAGUAUCUGGACAAACUGACAGCUUGAAUGCCAAGGAUCUCCAAAGCUGUCAUUGCUGCACAUGGAGGAUUUUUUGAUGAGAACUCUUUGAAGUAGUUUAAGACGUUCUGAACAUUUUUUUCAAAUUGUAAUAGUAAUUUUUCACAUUAUUAAUGUCCUGACUAUACAUUGUGAUCAAUUAAAUGCCACUUUGGUGAACAAAAGUA